GCCAAUUAGGAAAGGAUAGACCCGGAUGCUGUAGGGAGCAAGGCUUCGACCUCGCAUUAAAAAUCUAGGGUUUCUUUUACUUCUCCAGAGAAGAGAAUUUUGCAACAGAAAGAACUCCCCUCAGGAAUCGAAACCCUAGGGUUUUUCUGCGGCGGAAGCUAUGCCGAAGAAUAAGGGAAAGGGAGGGAAGAACAGGAAGAGGGGAAAGAACGAAGCCGACGAUGAGAAGCGAGAGCUUGUAUUCAAAGAAGAUGGCCAGGAGUACGCUCAGGUGCUUCGUAUGCUCGGCAACGGCCGAUGCGAGGCCAUGUGUAUCGACGGCACCAAGCGGCUCUGCCAUAUCCGUGGCAAGAUGCACAAGAAGGUCUGGAUCGCUGCCGGCGAUAUAAUCCUCGUCGGCCUCCGGGACUAUCAGGACGACAAGGCCGAUGUGAUCCUCAAGUACAUGCCCGAUGAGGCUAGGCUGUUGAAGGCUUAUGGAGAGUUGCCCGACAACACCAGACUCAACGAGGGUAUUGGUGGUGGAUUGGAUGAGGAGGAUGACGGCACCGGCAACGAUUAUAUCGAGUUUGAGGACGAGGAUAUUGAUAAAAUUUAAGCGCUUGGGUUUGGAUUGGAUUGGGUUGGGUUUACGAGUUCGGUGAUCUUGGACUCUCUUACUUGGCUAUAGCUCCUGUUCUAAUUACCCGCUUCCCCUUUACUUCCCUUUAAUUGCCAUAUGAUGCUAAAUGAUCUGUAAUAUUUGAAGCUCUAGUAUGUCUGGGUUUUGCAUGUUAUGGCCAGUGGAUGGUGAACUCCAAUGCAAUAAUAGCCUGUUAUCUUUGUAGUUUGA